AUGAUCUAUACACAGUGUAACUUGUCCUUAAUCAGUGGUAUCUUUUGUCCUCCAGAUGCUAUAAAAGGUGAUAUCGGUGCUUGUGGCUGGGUUAUUCUCAUCUUAUCUGCUUUGUUUACGGCCAUUACAUUCCCACUUACCAUCUGGUUCUGUGUAAAGAUAAUUAAUGAAUAUGAACGGGCUGUUGUAUUUCGCUUGGGCCGUAUCACAUCAGGAAAACCCAAAGGCCCAGGAAUAAUAUUCAUUCUGCCCUGCACUGAUACUUUCCUUAAGGUGGAUUUGAGGGUGAUAUCAUUUGCAAUCCCACCACAAGAGAUCCUUACUAAAGACUCCGUUACAACAACAGUGGAUGGUGUUGUGUAUUAUAAGAUUUACAAUGCAAUAAAAUCUGUGGCAAAUGUGAACAACGUCCAUGUAGCUACUGCCCAGCUGUCCCAAACCACUCUGAGGAACAUUCUGGGGACACAGACCCUCUCCAGCAUCUUGUCAAACCGCGAGGAAAUCGCCCACAAUAUUCAGUCAAUUCUGGAUAAUGCUACCCAUGACUGGGGGGUGAAUGUGGAACGGGUAGAAAUGAGGGAUGUUCGUCUACCAGUGCAAAUGCAGAGAGCAAUGGCGGCUGAGGCUGAAGCUGUUCGAGAGGCUAGAGCUAAGAUAGUGUCAGCAGAAGGGGAGAUGAACGCCUCACGGGCUCUGAAGGAAGCUUCAAUGGUGAUGUGUGAAUCUCCAGCAGCUCUACAACUGCGCUACCUCCAAACCUUAGCCACCAUCGCCACCGAGAACAAUUCCACUAUUAUAUUCCCUAUCCCCAUUGACAUGCUUCAAGGCCUGCAAAAGAAAUAA